UGUAGUAUACACAUAUGGAGUAUAUUCCUAUCUUUUUGGGCGAGACGUGGCAUCAAGUCUGAAUCCUUUUAUCUGUGAGAUCAGUCAAGAAGAAUCGUACAAAGUUGUACAAGAUCAAAGGGACUUCACUUACGGCCAUAAUACUUCCGACCCCAGCAAGGUUCCACAAGGCCCCAAAUUCUUAAUACAGCCCCAAAGCAUUGUUGUUGUUGGCAAAGCAUUGGCGGCAGUUUUCGAAUGCGUGGCAUAUGGCAAUCCUCAGCCAAAUUACAAAAUAACCAAAAUUGCCAACAAUGGUACACAAUAUGACAUCACUUCUGCAAGUAGUCCACGAUAUACACUGACAAAUGGAAAGCUUUCGAUUCAGAACCCUGAGGAAGUGAGUGACGCUGGUACCUUCUACUGCACUGCUGAAAAUAGCGAGGGGAAGGUCCGGAGUGAUUACCUUCAGAUGACGUUUGGAAGACUUGGCGAGUUCAGCAAUGUAGAACGUGCUCCUGUUACAGCUUAUGCGUACCAGUUCGCUAUCAUAAAUUGCAUUCCGCCUACAUAUACACCGGCUAUUAAUUACCAAUGGUAUAAAGACGAUAAAAAUUUCGUUCGACCAGAUCUUCACAACUACAUUUUCAUUUCUCGUAAUGGAAAGCUGUACUUUACCGAGGUGUCCACCGCAGAUGCAGGUAACUACAGGUGUAUAGUCAAACUGACGGCCAAUAACGGCGCUGCUAUUGGAACUGACCAACCUCCCAGUAGAACCAGCCUACCUACUGCUCUCAAUGUUAUAAAUGCCGUUUCCACAUUGUGGGGCCCAGAAAUUUCCAAUGAGUUUAUUUCCGUGUUUCCCAGAACGCCUCAAAGAGGACAAAGAGUAUAUCUGGAGUGUCUUGCUUUUGGAACUAUGCCAAUAACGUACACUUGGUCUCGCCAAGGUCUGCCAAUGUCACCGAGAGCGAGUUUUAUGGACCACAAUCGUGUGUUAGUCAUUGAAGAUGUCCAUCUAGAAGAUGGUGGCACUUAUACUUGUCAUGCAUCGAGGUAUAGUGUGGCAAGAACGCAGAAGAAUGUCAUUUUAGUUAUUGAAUCAAAGCCUUUUUUUAGUUAUCCAAUGAAGAGUCAACAUGUGGACAUAGGAAGCAAAUUAACUUGGCGUUGUGAAGCGACUGGUAUACCGGAACCUUUUUAUGAGUGGUAUAAAGACGGGGUACCUCUGACCGCUGUUCCGGGAAAGCUAAGCAUUGUCAGGAACGUGUUGACAAUACAGAACCUAGACACAAGCGACAAUGGAAUGUACCAAUGCUCUGCUCAAAAUAUUCAUGGAAAGUCGUUCACCGAAGGGCAGCUUCGUGUAUUAGCAUUUAUGCCAACAUUUGUGAAGGAGCCCUUAAAGGAUAAAAUGUUUGGGGUCAUUGGAGGAAACAUCACUUACCUCUGCAAUCCAGAAGCCGCGCCGACCCCAACGUACUCAUGGCUUAAAAACAAUGUAGAUCUUGGACUGAGUCCUGGAGACACCACGUCCCGGAUCCGGAUGUUACAGAACGGGAACCUGUUAAUCACGAACAUCAAUCUGGGGGAUGCUGGGUAUUACACAUGUAGGGCUGAGAAUAUGUUCGGCUCGGCUUCCAGUAUAGGAUCCCUACAAAUAGCAGAUCAGGUUGUAAUAAGUCUUCCCCCAGUUAACGUUCAAGUGACAGUAAAUCAGACCGCCUUUUUGAGAUGUCAGGCUUCGUACAGUCCUAUACAGGAUGUCAUCUACACCUGGCUAUUCAAUGGCGAAAUUAUCGAUGUGAAAAAUAAUCUGUUCUACAAACAGGGUGAAUCACAAUCUCUUACUGGGCUCUUUGUCAUGGCUGUUCAGUUUAAGCAUAGCGGAAAGUACACGUGUAGAGCACAGGCAACACAAGAAAGCUUCGAGGCUUGGGCUUUUCUCACAGUCAUAGGUCCGCCAGGUGAACCUGCAGGUGUGUUUGCGAUUCAAAGCAGUAUUGGAAGUUCUUCCCUACGAUUGUCUUGGACCGUAGGAGCUUCUAACGGUGCCAAUAUCCUAUUUCACACCGUUGAAGCUUUACCUAUAGCAUCUAACGAGUGGUUUAUUGCCAUUGAUCAUGUUGCUGAUAUUUCGUCCAUCAUACCUGGUGGGGAUCCAAACAAGCGUGUUGUUGAAGUCAUUGGAUUAAAUCCCGGAAGUGGAUACCGCUUCCGUGUAUUUUCCUCGAACAGUUACGGAGUUGGACCGGGCAGUAGACCGUCCGACGUGUAUACAACAAGAAAUGGACCGCCAACUCACCCGCCAAGUCACGUGGGUGGCGGAUACGGAAGUGUGGGAGACUUGACAAUCAACUGGAUGCCCUUACAGGAACAUCAGUUUGGGGGACCAGGUAUUGGCUAUUUCGUUUACUUUCGUAGGAACCUCACAGAAACCUGGACUAAAGUGACCCUCGUCGGGAAUGUGGGACAGUACGUCACCCAAGUUGGGGCCGAUAAUUAUUAUUUGCUAUAUGACGUCAUGAUACAACCAUAUAAUGACUACGGUUCUGGACCUAACUCCAGUGUCAGUACAAUCUAUUCUGCAGAGGAAAUUCCAACUGUGUCAGUCACAAAUGUUCAAGCAUACCCAUACAAUUCUACCGCGCUGAUGGUGACUUGGGAUCCAAUUCCGGAUACUCGCGAGUCAAUGAAAGGAAAAUUGCUUGGAUAUCAAGUGAAUUACUGGGAGAGGUUCACUGAAGAUCCUAUCAUGAAUUCCAUCAGCUGGCGCGGGCAAAUGGCUAGCGGUGUUGUGAUUGGUCUGUUGCCAGACACGUGGUACACAGUCAAUCUGCAGGCACUAAAUAUGGCGGGAAUGAGUCAGAUAAGUGAAACCGAUUAUCAACUUACCUUGAAAAUGGCGCCACGCUUGUAUCCUACGGAGAUUCAUGUGGGUUCCCAUGGCUCUCAGAGUGUUUAUGUAACUUGGCGAGGGGUUACCACUGGUAUAAAUGAGGAACCAAUCCAAGGAUACAUUCUUCGUUACUGGUUGGAUGGAGAUGACAUAAGAACAGCAACAGAUGUGCGUGUGACCAAGGUAGACAAUGCCAUUAUUUAUGGAAUUCAGAAGAACUACCUCUACCGACUAAGGGUGCUUGGCUUUAGUACUGGUGGGGAUGGAACACUGAGUGAACUUAUCUACUUCACACUAGGUGGGCGGAUUGCUGCAGUAGACCAAUCUGUUACCGAAGUGAAGGCCACAGCAAACAAGUUUCAAAUGUGCAACUUUCUAAGUGCUGUCAUUGGCAUAAUACAUAUUGUUUUACAACAAUUCCAUUGUUCAGGAUGAAUCAUGACACAUUCAAGAAUAUGUUCAAUUUUCAUGUCAUAAUAUUUUUACACAGAUUCAUGUUUGUUUCAUCAUCCUAACAAGUGAUAUGUUCCCACAUCAAUAAUUUCAUGGAUACAUGUACAAGUUUUAAAUUCCUUUUAUCUGUACAUUUCAUCAUUGUAUUGUCUGUAUCUGCAGUGAAGUACACCACCUCAGAUGCAUACAGUUGUAGUAACUACAUUAUUUGGCUGAUGUCCUGACUGAGCAAAAUCAUAGCUAUUUAAUAAAUCAUCAUCAAUUUGUGAUGAAAUGUUGAGGUCUGGAUGUAGGUCAAUGGAUCUCUCAUAGAGGUCAAGGUCAUUAGAAUGUGUGCUGAGGUCUAUAAUUUAGAGAGAAAGCAUUGUCAUUGUAAUUAUUUUUCAGAAGAAACUUUGUACUGUAUGAAUGUAUUUUAUUUUUAUGACUUACCAAAUGAGGAAGAUUUCCUGAAAAAUGAAAAAUAAUACAGUGUAAUAAAUGAAGCUUUUCUGAUAACAAAUACAUAAAACUUCAA